AUGCAUUUAAAAUGCAUUACUUUCUGCGCAUUAACCCCAGUCAAAACCGCAAAAUAUCUUAUUCCUGUAGGGGCCCCUGCUGCUGCGAGGCCCCCAAAGGGAUUGGGGUGUACAGACACCUUGAAUUGCCGGCAACGCAGAUACUCAUCUGCUGCUGCUGCUGCUGCUGAUGCUGCUAGUUGCGCUGCAAACAGCAGCAGCAGCAGCAGCAGGACCGAGGUGCACGCCCCCAGCAGCAGCAGCAGCAGCGACAACAACAACAACAACAGCAGCAGCAGCAGCAGCAGUGAUCCCGGUAUACUGCAGCUUCCGGGUGUACAUACACCUGAGCAGCUGCAGGCCUUGGCUAGGAAGUGCAUUGAAGACUGCAGUUUAUUAUUAGAGACAGAAGAAAAUAAAAAAACAAAAAACGGAGGCACAAAACGAAGUGUACAGACACUGGAUGCCGUCAGCAACGCGCUCUGCAAGGUGGCUGAUGCUGCGGAGCUCAUCAGGAAUGUGCAUCCCUGCUCGAAGUGGCGAGAGGCAGGAGCGCAGGUGGUUCAAGAAGUGCAGCACUUCAUGAGCGUAGCAAACUUCAGCGACUCUAUAUACCAACGGCUACGAGAAGAAGACAACGCUGAGGAUUCAAUUCGAGAUGAAGCGGACCAAUCUGGUGCAGCAGCAGCAGCAGCAGCAGCAGCAACAGCAACAGCAGCAGAGCUAACAAAGGAGGAGCAGGCGGCGCUGCGGUGUAUGCGAGAGGCAAUGGAGCAGCAAGGAGUUCAUCUAAGCUCAGAAGAAAAACAACGUUUGCUGCUGCUGCUUGAACAGGAGAGCAAUGUAGCAGCAGCAGCGGUGCUUGCGCAGCAGCAAAGCCCCCAAAUUGAAGUAUCUGUUGAGAGGCUCCUCGCUGCUGGGGUUCCCCCAGGCUUAAUAGCUCUCCGUACAGCUGAACUGCAGCAGCAGCAGCAGCAGCAGCAGCAGCAGCGGGGGCUGUUCUCGCUGUGGGGAAGAAGAAGAAGCAGAAAAAUAGAUUCUCUUGUUAUUUGUGCUGAUGAUGAAUUUACAAAAGCUGUUCUCAGGGAAGGCGUCUUGCGAACCCCGGAAGCCGUUUCUACAUUCUUAGAGCGAGUUGAAAUGGCUUUGGAGGGUUUGGGGUUUGGCUGCAGCUCUACUCCGCCACUGCGGCUGUCUUUAGAAUCGAUUUGGCGAAGGGCCGUCGAGAUGGUGGAGAGGCUGACGGGCUUCACUUUAGUUCCUGUUCAUCCUGCCCCUGGUGAGACUUGGCACUGGAGUGUCUUAAAGUAUGAGCUGCAUGCAGCUACAAAAAAGAAUAGAGGGGCCCCUCGCGGGGUUUUGUUUGUUGAUUUAUGGUGGAGACAAAAUAAGACAAGACUGCUGGCUCAGUUUACAAUUAGAGGUUCUAAGCAAAUGAAUUACCCUCUCCAGCAGGGUUGGGAGCUUGGGGGGCCCCUUACUCGCGCAUGCGUUGCUGAAGAGAAUGGAUGCCUCAGACAAAUUCCUUGCUGCGCUUUAAUCUCAAAUUUUGAACCACCGCGCCGGUUCCAUGCCUUGGAAACAGGGUGGGACAUUGAAGCUGCGCAUUCUCUGCUGAAAGAUUGUUUGCUAACAAAAGAAGACAGCGUUCAUCUUCUGCAUGAAUUGGGCACGCGGGGAGCCGUCGAUUUUGCUGAAUUUCCCUCGCAUUUAUUUGAAUGCUUCGCCCCCCAAAUAUUUAAACAAAAAAGUAAUUUUGCUGAGGCCCCCGAGCGAGGGUUUGUUGGGUUUCAUAUGGCUCACCAACUGCAGCUCGCGCUGCUCGACCGCGCGUUUUAUAGCUACAUUCCUCGUGAGGGUUUGCUUCUGCCUGGAGGGGAGAUGUGUAUGGAGACUGCAGCGGAGGAGUUGCAGCAUUUAUUGGGGUGUAUAGACAGCUGCUUUGAACAGAGAGACAUCUUAUCAAAGAAAUAUGAAAACAUCUGUUCAACACCCCUCUGGCAGCUAAUUGGAAGGCCCCCCUUUAGGGCAUUUGAGCACUUGGUGCACUACGGCGCAAACUACUUCUGCUACCUCUUCUGCAGGUAA